AUUUUCCUUUCUCUCUAUAAAACAUUUUUAACAGAUUCCUAGGUUUCCAUCACAAGACAAACUUAAGCUUGCAAAUAAUGGGUUCUCUUAUGGCAGGUUGGGACUCUCCUGUCCCGGAUGAUAAAGCUGUGAAAUUUCAGAGAAAUAAGUCAUUGACUAAGGAGGAAAUUGAAGCGUUUUGGAAAUCGAAGAAAAGAAAAGAAGAGGAACAUUUAAGAGAGAUUUCUGCUCUGUCACCCCGCAGCCAGGAACAAAUCAAAGAGAAGCUCUUUCCCCUCUUGGAAAGUGAAACAAGUCUAGAUAAACUAUUACAAAAGAAUGGCUGGUGGAUCAGUAGUACCUCUGCUUUUCUAAAUGAACCUCCAGUAAUUGCAUCGGACGGCUCUAAUCAGAAGUACAAAUCACAAUACCAUGUAGCUAACCUCGCAAAAGAGCACGUAGAAACUGGGAUCGGGGCUUAAUUCUUCCAAUAAGGGCUAGGCUUAUGUAAAUAUCAGCUUGUGCCUCUUUUUUCGGGUGUGGAAGUGUUUUUGGAAAGUGGUUUCAAGCCCGAAUUGAGUUUGUUCUCAAGUUAGGGCCGGGCUGUUCUUUCGUGUGAUUUUCUUUCUUUUACAUGUUUAGAGCCUUUGGUAUUAAAUUAUAGUGGACAAGACUAUGAUCCGUUGGUAAAAUGUUUUGGUGUUAUAAAUUUAAUUAUAGUAUUGUGUUUAAAUUAA